AUGGCGCACUUCGCAGACAUUUCAUGCCCCCAAAGUUCUACCUCCACCAGCAGCGAGGCCCUAGAUAUACCUGAACUUGGAGUCCAACCGCCCUCCAGCCCAACGUCAUCACUUGACAAGCCAAUCAGCGCAGGAAUUCAUCGACGCAGGGACAGCGGACCUCCCAACCAUGGUGAUCCCACCAAGCUCACGCCUCAACGUGCGAAACACUUGAAAAUGCAUGCGAAGAAGGCUUGUGAAGAAAAUGAUGUUCCAGAGGAAGACGUUAUGACUUUCAUCAAUUCUGGCGACAUUUUCUAUAUGCUCAUAGACUUGAAGAUCACCCUCGUCAAACUUUGUCAGGGAAACAAGGCCAGGAGAUUGCAGGAAUUAAAGGAUGCACUGGAAUCAAAAGACUUCGAGAAUGGACUUUACAACCGCUUGUUUGCUUGUAUACUCUCGCCAAAUCUCACAGCGUAUGUCACUGACACGCAGUCUCAUAUAAUGGACUUUAUCGGCAAGAAUAGGGACAUCUUCAAAAUUCCCCCUGGACUUCUCGAGGACGUUGAGCUCAGAUCUCAACUGGGCAAGGUGGUCACGAAGCUACUCACAAAUAUUCGCAGUUCCAUCAAAACCACCCUCACUACAUCAAUUGUCAAAUGCACAAGCAUUGCUGAUGUGACCAGGUCACUUGCGCGUAGCAGGUCUGGCAUGGAGGUUGAUUCUACUCAUUGGAACAGGAUCGCACUGCUCCGGCGUCUCCUGCGGAUUUUUCUCAUCAGUGUCAGCGAUUAUAAAACUGCUUCCAUCAAGUAUUUAUUUUCCCCUUACCUUAUUCCAUCGCUCAAGCAGGAUUUACGGGACAAAGUCGCACGUGAGCUUGAUAUUGACGUCAAACAGCUUGAGAGAGACAUAUUCGAGGGUGAUUUCGAUGAUGUGCCUGAGACUGAUGUCAAUCCAAGUCAAACCCCCACGGAAACUCAAGUCAAUACCAAUCACGCGCCCAGUGCCAGGAGGGACAUUGACGUGAAUGUCGAACAGUUUGCAGACGAAAGUGGAAUGCAGCAGGAUGCCAAUGGAGAGGAUGAGGAGUCAGAUGUGAGCAGCGGUGCAAACAGCGUGGUCUUACUCGACAACCCGCUUGACUCUGGAUUCAGACUUGCGGAAGGCAUGGCAGUGCGGUACAACAGUACCACUAAGUUCUGGAACUUUGUCGACCACUCACUCUCAAUUAUGCGCAAGAUAUCCGUUGAAUCCUCCCCAAUCGUCACCGAGCAGGAUAAGGAGUUGCAGAAGUUGUUCAUCGAGAUCUUUCAAGCUGAUCUCGCCGAGUUUCCUGGUGGCAAGAAGGUCUCAAAGCUAAUUUCGAAGACCAACCCACGCUGGCAGACCGCUAUUCAGACUGGACUCAUUUGGUAA